AUGCCACUUCUAGGUGGUCUCUUCGCGCGAAACUCUAAUGGAAGUGGCGCCACCAGCAAAUCCAAAAGCCCAAGCGACCUCUCUCCCUCCGCCUCAUAUUCCCACUCGGCAAGCAUCAGUAGUGUCCAGCUCGGCAGCAACCUCUCCCCUCCCCCGUCUUCCCAGCCAUCUCCUACAAGCGAAUACGUUUCAUUCGCUCCAGGCCCGUCGUCUCCAAACGGCAGAAGCUUGGCAUAUGCGGGCGAGCCCCAGAAGGACAAACGCGGGCUGGGCUUUUUUGGGCGUAAACGAAGCGCGACUCCUUUAUUGGCUGUCGACACUGGCGAGCCUUUUGAGGCCCCCCCGCGACCCGCCUAUCUCGGACGACUGAGCACGUCGUCCGAUAUACCGCCCUCCUCAGCUUCCGCAUCAACCUCCCCCAACUCCCUCCGCCCACCUCAGAACCUCUACACAUCUUCUACCCGAAGUCUUCCCCCUCCGGUAACCACUGCUGGUGCCUCUCCUUACGCUCACCAAACGCCCUCCCGAACGCGUGAUAGAGACCGCCAAUAUUCUCUAUCACCUCUUGCUCCCCAAAUCAGCCCGACAAGAAGUACUGCUUCUGGUCUCACAGCCGCGUCAGGGAAGACGAGCAAAACGGGCGCGAAAAGCGGGCGCAAGUUUGCGUUUUGGGCGAGGGGAAAGGACAAGGAGGUCGAGCCAUUACCCCCUUCACCCGCCAAACCCUCCGACUUCAAUCUUCGAGCCUUCCGACAUGUCCGCGAGGAGCCUGCUGGGAAGAACCAGCUUACGGCAACGAAUCUGACGAGCUUGAGUCAGCAGAUCGAGCGAGAAGGACAGGCUAGCGGGCUGGGGAGUGCUUAUGAGCACGAGCAUCUACCUCCUGCCCGACCGCGACCGCGGGGAGGCAGCGAUGCUAGUGCGAGUAGCUCGCGCAUUAGCGUUGCGGCCUUCCGAGAAGUACAGGCGAGGAGAAGCGCUGCUGGGAGUCCUGUUCUGGGCGAGAGUAGUGCGAGAGCGCCAAGUCCGGGCCCAUAUGGUCGACAACCGCAAUCGACACAACGACCUACGCCGACUCCCGUUCAAAAGCCUGCCAAGAAGACGUCUUCUCCACCGGUCCCUUCCCCAACGACGAAGCCGCAGCCGUAUACGACUGUUCAUCAAAGGGCGCCAAAUGCGCAAGGAAAUCAGUGGGAUUCUGAUGAAGAUGAGGACGAAUCAUCUCCAGGAGACUCCAGCGAUGACCAGCGUAAACCACGGCCUUCGCGGCAGCAGCAGCAGCAACAGCGCGGGCUUGGGACUGCCAGAUCGCAGUCUUCGUUGGGUGUUUAUGGGCAGAGUGGGAGCACGGAAAAGAAGAUGGGUGGGAGUACCGGAAACCUCGUGGCCAGCGCGAGUGGUGGCAAUGUUGCUUCCAAACGGCUUUCGCUAACGCAAGAGCCAACCGCUCAACGCAAAACCUGCGGGGACAAACACCUCCUACGCCCGCCCUCUCUCCUUCCCGCCAAACCAGCGCCCCCACCCAAAGCGACCUCCGUUCCUAAUCCUUCUCCACACACCCGUCGGCCGACAAAUCCUGAUGAUUCUGACUCAGACGAAUCCACAAGCGAAGAGUCUUCUGACGACGAUGCGCCGUUAGCGACCCUUGUUGCGCCGCGCCGCCCAGGCUCGUCGUUGUCAAUGGCCUCAAACGGGAGCAACCCCAAUCUGAAGCCAAAGCCUCUAAUCGACAUAAACGAGGUCACCGGCUCGCGGCCGGUCCUCGCCGGCCAGAAGAAGACCGACGAUGGGUUUACCGGAGCGGGCAUGCUUGCUGUGAGCUCGAAAGCCAGCUCAAGCUCACAACUCCCAAGCCCCGUGUUGACCAGCAGGUCACCGCCGCCACCAAGCAGCGGAAGGGGUGGAUUUGUGCAGUUUCCUAGCCCGCCGGGGUCGCCGGUGCGGGAGACGCCGCCGCCGGUAACUGUCAAGGCCGCCGCCGCGCCGAGGCGGAGCCCGAUUAGGAAGGAGACCGGCGGGUCUGUGGCGAGCGUCAGCUUGGGUGGGCAGGAUAAACGGGAGGGGCUGGUGGACCGGUUGAAGGCUGUUUCUGCCACGAGUGCUUCCGGAUCGACCUCGCAGUCGUCGUUGGCGAGCACGAGCACAAGACCGACACUUGCGCCGCCCAAUGCGGGCUCGCCGCCGAGCUCGUUCUCGAGUGUGACUGCAAGGAAGGCUUUCCAUCGGCGCUCGUCCAGCGAUAUAGUGUCUGCUUCGGGUCGCUCUCCGACUUGGCUGGACGAUGCGGGGAGUAAGAGCGGGGAAGCCGAUGAUGGGGCUUUGGGGCGGGACUUGGCUGACAUGCUUGGUGGUGGUGGGCUAGCAUUCUUGCUGGGCGAGGAGGCUGCGCCGCUGACGCAGUCAGUCAAGAAUGCGGCGGAGAAGGACAAGGAGCAUGAAGGCAACAUUGUGCCAAUUGUGAUCAAGCAAAGGUCGCCUUUGCCUGGCUUCAGCGUUACGAGCAGGCCAGCCAACCGCUCUGUGGAUUUGGGGUCUGCGUCUACAACUGGAGGAAGGCAGAGGAGCAGCACCCUGAUCCCCUCGACUUCGACUUCUGCUGCUUCUUCGACAGCCAACUCAACAAGUACUUCGACUUCAAGCAGCUCGACAAACGCGUUGCCAAAGUCUGCUGCAGCUCCUUCUGGGAACGCGAGGCAACGGAGCAGCACGCUUAUGACCACGCCCGCGACGACUUCAAAUCUCCGUUCCGCACCCGCACCCGCUACCUUUACUUCCUUCCCCCGCCAAACCCCCUCCCAACCAAUCCCUUCUUCAAGAUCAUCACCACCCAUAAUCGCACAACCGACUCCUUCACCCUCGCCCCCUUCUCUGCUUGGCCGACCACCACAACGGCCUUUUGCGGGCAACGGCGGUGUACGCGGCAACUCACCCGCAAGCUCCACAGGCACAAACGACACGGGCAACUCGAGCAGAAGCAGCGGUGCCCUUGGCCCGCUUACACCGAGAGACGGGAGCGAAGUUGGCAGUGCGAUGAGUAGUGGGAAUAGUGGGAGCGGAAGCGCGCCGUAUGCCGCCCGGGGGACAAGAACGAGUCAGAGGGAGGAGAAAGUGAGGGACGACUGGAGCGGGGGCGCGAGCGGGCUGUUGCCGGCGCAUGUGCAGAAGGCGAAGCAAAGGAGAAGCGUCAGCUUUGACUUUGACGAGAGCAGGGUGUUCGUGCUGAACGACGAGGAGCGGAGGAGGGAGAGGAGAAGGAGCGAGGCCAAGGCCGCGAUUGAGUUGGGGAAUAUCGUUAAUGGCCCCGGGCCCGUGCCGGACGACGACGAAGAGGACGAUUUGCCGAUUAACCAGAUUCGCAAUGCCAACCCGAUGAUGCAGCAGAUGCAGAUGCCGAUGGGGAUGGGAAUGCAAAUGCCGAUGGGGGGCUGGCCGCAAAUGCAGAUGCCAAGGCAAAUGCCUAUGCAAAUGCCUAUGCAGAUGCAGAUGCAGAUGCAGGUCCCCAUGAUGCCCAACGCCGGCCAGUUCAUGAUGCCCCCGCCGUCCGACCCGAGCAUGAUGGCGGCCCACCAACAAGCAAUGCUAUAUGCGAAGCAGGCGUACCAGAUGGCGGUUGCGCAGCAGGCCAUGGCGGCUGCGGGCGAGGAGUGGGAGCGCGGGUCGACUAUGACGGGGAUGAGGGGCAGCGUUUAUGCGGGCAGCCAAAUCGGAGGUGCUGGUGGGGGCGGCGGCGGACUGUCUCCGUUUGGCAUGGGCCUCGCGAUGCUCAAUGCGCAGAACGGGCAGGGCCAGAUGUUCCCCUCUGGCGCUAGAAGUCUCAUGGGCGGCGGGGCAAGAAGCGACUAUGGCGGGAUGGGUGGCGGCGGGGGCGGAAAUUGGAACUCAUCGAGGAGCGUUUACGGAGAAGCUUUCGGGCCAUCGACAGAGCGGUACCAGCAGACCCCGACGUCGUCAAGGUCGAUGAGCAGCGGGAACCUUGCGGGGAUGGCAAAGACCCCGGGCCAGUCGCCGGCCGGCGCGGGCCAGGAGUCGGGCUACUUUGCGGGUGCUUUGCCGGCGUCGAAUUCGCGGCCGGGCCUGAGCGCGGCGAGGCAACGGACGGCGAGCAGCCCGUCGAAGCCUGGCGGGGCUGUGGGCGGACAGCGGAGAGGGGGCCCGCCGUCGAGCUGGCGCGCGGGAAUGUGA